CCGAGCGGAAGUCUCUUCUCUAUGGUGGCGAGAGGGGAGGGAGGGCCGCGGCGCGCAGCGAUGACGUCAGAGCAGCUUAGAGCGCCCAGGCGGUGAAGUCGGCGGCCCUGCGGGGCCUGUGUGAUGCAGAAUGGAGAAGGAGCUAGGUUUUGUGACUGUUGACGAUGCAGUCCAUUACCAGUUAUUCCUGAUACAUGAAUCAGAAGACACAGAACAUCAUCAAGACAUCCUACAGCAAUAUAUUGAAAGAAUACUAGCACAUUUUGCCCCUAUCCUGGUUUCCUACAUCUGGCAAAAUGAGUCAUUUAAUCUAAAGUACAAACCUGCAAAAGGAAAUCUACCUGCUCAUAUUGCUGGUCACACAAAGUUUGGAGAUAACAUUGAAGAUGAAUGGUUUAUUGUUUACCUCAUAAAGGAAAUUACAAAGGAAUUUCCAGAAUUAUUAGCUAGAGUGGAUGAUAACGAUGGUGAAUUCCUUCUGAUAGAAGCAGCUGACUACCUUCCAAAAUGGUUGAGUCCUGAAAACAGCAUCCAUCGGGUGUUCUUUCAUAGUGGAGAAUUAUGCAUAAUUCCAUUACCAAAUACUCCUGAAAGGAAGAAAUUACUACCUGGUAUAAACCCUACAAUUCCCCAGGUCCUGAAAUUGUUUUCUGGCCAUUCUGAGGAUUUUGUGGCUUCAAAAUCUAUUAAAGCAGCAGUAUAUAAACGAAUCAAAGGGUAUCCUGAGAAGAUCCAGACCUUUCUUCAUCAAGCUCACUGUUAUCUUCCAGCAGGCAUUGCAGUAGUUCUCAGGCAGCGUCCUGCGUUAGUGUCAGCAGCAGUCCAAGCUUUUUACCUUCGAGAUCCCAUUGAUUUAAAAGCAUGCCGCAUUUUCAAAACCUUCCCCCCUGAAACAUGUGUGAUGGCAUCAGUUACUUUGACAAAGUGUCUAUAUGCACAACUGGUUCAACAGACAUUUGUACCAGACAAACGGAGUGGCUACUCGUUACCUCCUCGUUCACAUCCUCAAUACAAAGCCUAUGAAUUAGGCAUGAAAUUGGCUCAUGGCUUUGAAAUUUUAUGCUCAAAGUAUAGUUCAGCUUCUCCUGAUUCCAAGAAACAAAUACUGAAUGUUCCAUUAUGGGAUAGCUUUCUCAGGGCUCUCCAGAAGAACAAUUAUUUUAAGGGGGAAAUAGAAGGUUCUGCUCAGUAUCUUCAUCAGUUGCAAAUGGCAGAAAACUAUUUUCUACAGACUGUAACCAGCUCAGGAAGCUCAGUUGCUGUUAGCCCAGGCGAAGAAAUUCUGACGAUAUUAAAAAAAAAUUCCUUUAAUUUGGAGGAUUUGAAAAAGAGCUCAGAUGUUCUACCUCCAGAGGAUGAUGACAGUUGGUUGGAGAUUUCUCCAGAUGCUCUGGAUCAGAUUCUUAAGGAAACAUCUGGCACAAAUCAAUCUGCUUCUGCCUCAGAGGAAAAGCAGAACUAUGACUUGACUGAGGUUGCUGAAAGCAUGAAGGCUUUUAUAUCCAAAGUCUCAACAUACGAAGGAGCAGAAAUGCCACGGUCUUCCGCUGAGGGCCCUGUUAGUUUUGAUAUUGACUCAUUCACAGAGGCUUUGGAUACUAUCCUGGGGCCAAAUUCAGAGGAGCUGGACUCUGAUGAUUUAGACGAAGAAGAAGAAUUUGAAUUCUUAGACAGCGAUGAAGAGAGUGAUUUAAAAGCCGAUUCUCAAGGAGAUGCAGCAUCUUGGAAUGAAACCACCGAAAAUCUCCAAACAUACAUGAAUGAAAUGGAUCACGAAUUAUCAUCUACCACUAUUGGCAAAAGCUUUACCAAUCAGAAGAAAGGGGAGAGAUCCGGUAAAGUAUUUCCACAUGAAGACCCUAACACGGAUUUGGAAGGCAAUCAGAAUAAAGAACAUCCUGAUACAACAUCCGUGGACAUUGAUGUGAACCUUGUAACUAACUUGUUGGAAUCCUAUCAUGCUCAAGUUGGAUUAGCAGGACCUGUUUCUAACAUUCUGCAGAGCAUGGGAGUGCAUUUGCCAGAUAAUACUGACCAAAAACCUCAUUAGCAAUUCAUUGAUGAUUCAUUAAACAAGGAAACCAAUUCAUUCAUUGGUUUCCUUGUUUAAAGGAUACAUUGCUAAGUAAAAGUAUUUUUUUUUAAACAAAAAACACCCUUCUCCAAAGAUGCUUUUGCCUGCAGACCUGAAUCAUUUGGAAUAUCCUUCUCAACUACUUAACCAUCUUGUGGAAUCUGUUUUCUGAAAUAAUAAUAAUAAUGGUAAAGUGCCGAGAAAAUGGGACUCUUGCAAAUAUUUUUGAAAUCCAUUUUAUACUCAUUAAAAUACUUGGAAUUUUCUUGCAAA